UGUAGAUAGUGUAUAUUAGACACCAUAUGCGCUCCCCCUUUUUAAAAUUUAAAUCGAGCCCGUCGUCAUAGGAAAAAUGUAAAUAACUUUAGCCUAAUAAGUAAAAGGGACGUCAUACAGGCCUUUCUCACCCCUUCCUUCAGUCUUUAUUGCGAUGUAGGCUAACCUGAUUGGACAACUGAUUUCCAUUACUGAGCUGUAAAGUGGUUCUGAAUUAUCAUGCAAGGAAAAAAAGAUCUGCAGAUACUUGACUGAAAUGACAUGGAUUAUAGAGAGCCAGAGUGAAAAUAUGGUGCAGAAUUAUUCCCAUGACCUGUAACAAUUCAACUUCACUGAACCAAAAAAUUGUGCAAAAAUAAGUUACAUAGGUGACCUGCACAAUGUGUUUAAGGUGUUUCAAAGGUGUAUAUCACCUUUGCAGGAUGAGCUUGGUCAGGAAGUCAUCAAAAUAUGCCUCCUUGAACUGGACUAGAAACAAAUAUUUGCAUUCCGCACUAAAUCAACAGACAAACAAACCAAGAAGAAGUACUUUAUCUUCAUCAUGUAUACCACUCUGUUACUUCAGUACAACAAAUGCUAUGUGUCAACAGAAAUGUCAUGGUGGAGAUGAAGAGUUGGAAAGCAGAUUACAAAAUUUAGUGCAAGCAUUUGAAGAAGAUGAUGGUAUUCUACAAGAACCUGAGGAGUAUAAGGAAUAUCUACAAGAGCAUUUCCAUUAUGAUGGAGUUCAUCACUCCGUAAUGAUCGUACAUCCAGCCAUUAGGUGGGGGCCAGAGAAGCCCAGGUCCACUACUCCGGAGCUACAGCUUAGCGAGGCAUGUGCUUUGGUUCACUCCCUGCCACACUGGAGAGUAGCUGAUACAAAAAUUCAAAAAGUAAAGAAUCGUGGAGGAUUCAUAUUUACAAAAGGACAGCUGGAGGAACUGACGGAUCUAUUGACUUCUCGUACAGACAUUUCAGCAGUUUUCAUUAAUGUGGACGUUUUGAAAAUCAAUCAGGUGGCUAUGCUGCAGGGUGCCUGGAAGAUGCCAGUUUUUGACAGGUAUACUCUUGUUCUUCACAUAUUCAAAGAGUUUGCACAAACGAGGGAGGCAAAACUACAGAUUGCUUUAGCAGAAAUUCCUUACAUCAGAGGUCGUUUGGAACAAAUCAAUGAAGGUCAACAUGAUCAUCUGACCGGGAAGACGCACUAUGUCGUAUCGGGAGGGUUCAAGUUUACUUACAUUCAGAAACGAGAGGCUUUAGUUGCAGAAAGAGAAAGAAGACUAAGAGGAGAGCUGGAAAAAAUCAAACAACAGAGGGAAAUCCUCAGGAAAAACCGAAUCAGGAAGCAGUAUCCGACUGUAGCUGUUGUAGGAUAUACAAACUGUGGGAAGACAACUCUGAUAAAAGCCCUGACAGAUGAUGAGACUCUUACACCAGAGAACCGCCUGUUUGCCACAUUAGACGUCACUGUUCAUCAAACUCUCCUGGCCAAUCACCUCAAAGUUCUCCUGGUCGACACUGUGGGCUUUAUCUCGGACAUUCCUAGCAGUCUGAUGGAUGCUUUUUCUGCCACCCUAGAGGAUGCACUUAUAGCAGAUGUAAUUCUUCAUGUUAGAGAUUCUAGUCAUCCAGAUCAUGUGGCCCAAACAGAAAAUGUUGUAGACAUUCUGAGUAAACUGCUGCCCGAGGAAAAGCUACAAAAUAUGUUGGUGGUUAACAGUAAAUGUGAUCUUAUAAGCGAUUCUGAGAGCACCCCAGGCUUAAACAUAUCAGCAGUGACUGGCACAGGAAUGGAUGAACUGAAAAAGAGUCUGGAGGGAGCUAUUACAAGUAGCACUGGAAGAGUUCGGAAAACCUUCAGGAUUCCAGUGGGAGGGGACCAUUUAAGCUGGUUGUACAGGAAUGCCACGGUGCUUUCAACAACAGAUGGAGAGGAUGGACAUUCUUAUUUAGUGGAGACAAUUAUCAGCACAUCAGCUUACGGAAAAUUUAAACAUCUCUUCUCCAAACGGAAAAAGAAGUCCUGAUCCAGAAUUGAUUUUAAGUAAUGUUAAUAUAGAACUGGGCAUUAUCCAAAGUGCCAAAAUAAAAUAAUCAUGAUCUACAGACAAGAGUGUCUGAUUAUUGCAUAUCUGUAAAACAGUGAAAGUGAUGCCUUACUUGAAAUUCAAUGUUUUUGUCCAUUACUUGUAUUAACAUAAACAAGAACUGUAUACAAGGUAUUUGAAUAUAUGAUGUUGCUUUCACCUAGCACUUUGGUAUCACUUGACUUACUGAAAUACAUGCAAGUUCUUUUGAAAGUCAUGCAAGUUAAAAAAAAAAAAAAAAAAGGACUUGCCAAUUGGUGUUCAAUCAGUUUUUUGUGGUUUCCUUCUCAAGAGAAUAUGUAUACUUUAAGGAUAUCUAUUGAAAAUCAGGACUAUGCAUUGCAAUAGACUGUAUAUCCCAGACAUAAAUUGGUUAUUAUUUAUGCCCCCCCCCCCCCCCCCCCCGAAAAUGAAGUUUAGGAGCAAUACUGGAACCAUCUUGCCCCCUGUAGACAUUAAAUGUCCCAAGAAUAUCAUUAAUUAAGGCCAAUUAGAAUUGAUUGAUAAAUUAUCAUCCCAGCCCGCCCCUCAAAAUAGGACCCACCCCGAUUUUUUUAAAUUUUCGUAUGAUUUCAAACAAACUUGCUUCCCAGUGACAUGAGUGAAUGAUUAAAGUCACAGAAUGUUGGUUUUAUAUCCUCUUCCAAGGAUUCUUUGAAUGUUAAAUUAACUUGAUUAAUACUUUGUGUGAUGCCUUUUGUCAUUAAUUUUUCUCUCUCUGAAAAUAAAAAUAAAAAAAUAAAUCCUGCCCCAUAUUUUUUUGUGACCCCGGAUGAUUAUCUACUAAUUAAGUUGAAUUGACCUAAUAAAAACUUGAUGUAUAAUUGUG